AUGGACCAGAAAUGCGAAAUUCACGUCUACCUCUGUGAACAGAACCAGUCUUCACCGCUCUUGAAAAACACCAACAAAUCUGCAAGAAGCCAGGCAAGCGAAGUCGGUUCCGAACCUAACCAUGGACCAAAAAAAACUUCAUCUUUAGAAAAACUCCGAGCCAAAGAAAAACAUCUGGGUCUAUCCCCAUCCCGUGCUGGCUUCUUCGGUAAGAAUCGGUUGACUCCUUGGAGAAGUUUGAAAGAUUUGACGAAAAUUUCAAACAGCGAUACUUCGGUCAAUAAUUUAGCGAUCGAUUCCAACAAAGACUGCUUUGGUAGUACGAAUAAUAUCGAUACUGACUGCGUUUCACCUCGCGUGAGCUCUAACAGUUUGGCCAGUAUUCAGGUUGAAUCGUUAGAUUUAACCGAUACAGUAACCUUUAACCUUGGAUCGCAUCACGACCACAAUCCUUACAGGGUUAGCACUAAAGAAAGUGAUUCUUCUGAAUCAGGAUUAUUUGCAAAUAACGAAUCCGUAGCGAUUUACACACAAAAACGGAAACUCCCUAUCAAGAACUGCAAAUCAUCCGCCGUUUUUUCUCGAUCGACGUCUUGCCCUCUCGUUCUUCCGGCCGGUCAGACUCGACAAAGAGAUGGUAUCGUAUCGAAUAGAAACGAAUUUAAAGAAUCGAUAUCUUUGCUGAAGAAACAAGUCGAUUCAAUAGAAAGCGAUUCAUGUAACAUCACUACACCGACUGAAAACAGCAUCGACUUGAAAUCAAUAUCUCAAUCAAACGAACAGUCGGAACCGAACAACAGCAUCGCCAACAUUCAAACCGGAUCUCAAAUCAAACCAAACGAUUCAGCGAUAAAUCGAAACCUCCCUCUUAAAGAAUCGGUUGUCAAACAGUUAGAAGUUUCUACCACAUCGACAUCAACACCGGAUAAAGAGAAGCACAAGAAGCAACUGCAGUCGACCAAAAUUCUUGCGAGGUCCAAGUGCAUGCAGUGGUUGAACAGCCUGGACGAAGGUGACUGA